GCGUGUUGCCCCGCUGACUUGCCUGCUGCGUGACGACAAGAAGGCAAAGGGGGGAAGAUUUGAGCUGGGAGGCGCAGAGGUGCGGGGCAGUUCAGAGGAGCAGAGCGCAGAGGAGCAGUGCGGGACAGACGGCGCGCAUCCGUCAGCCAGCUGGAGGAACCCCACACCAACAAACCCCUAUGGCUGCUUGAGAAAUAUCCACUCACCCCCCUUCCCCCCCUUUUUUUCUCUUCUGUGGGACUUUUGACUUCUAACUUUUUUUGUCCAAAUCAGCAGAAGUUGUUGCAAGUCUUAUAAUUAGUCGCUCCAAGUUGAAAGCGCACUUGCCGUGCACGGCGCUUGGCGGUCAUGGAUACCCAUAUAAGAUGGAAAGUUAAAAGGAGGAUAAGGGACGCUCAAAUCACUAUAGCGGUGAUUCUGCUUUUUGUCACGUCGCGUGCAAGUUCAGUUGAACAAGCUGACCUCUUGAAGAUAUUAGAUUUUCACAGUUUACCUGAGGGAGUUUCAAAAACGACGGGUUUGUGCUCACAUCGGAGGUCGACGCAGGGACCCGAUGUGGCUUACAGAGUAACCAAAGAUGCCCAACUCAGUGCCCCCACCAAACAGCUGUACCCAGGUGAUGCUUUUCCGGAGGAUUUUUCCAUCAUGGCCACAGUGAAGCCUAACAAGGGCAGCCAGUCCUUCCUGUUGUCCGUGUACAACGAACAGGGCAUUCAGCAGCUCGGCAUGGAAGUGGGUCGCUCCCCCGUCUUCCUGUACGAGGACCAUUUGGGCAAGCCAAGCCCUGAGGACUACCCUCUCUUCAGAGGAGUCAACCUCGCCGAUGGAAAGUGGCAUCGAGUGGCCAUCAGCGUGCACAAGCAGAGCAUCACCCUCAUUCUGGACUGUAAAAAGAAGACCACCCAGAAGCUGCUCCGAAGCCCCCAACCCGUCAUCGACACGAAAGGAAUUAUAGUGUUUGGAACUAGAAUACUUGAUGAAGAAGUCUUCGAGGGAGACAUCCAGCAGCUAAUGAUUGUAGCAGACCAUCGCGCUGCCUAUGACUACUGUGAGCACUAUAGCCCUGACUGUGAGGUGCCAGCGCCAGACCAGCUGCAGAACCAGGACCCCAACACAGGCAAUAAUACAAAUGUGGACAGCUACUACUACGAAUACCCCUAUUACGAUGACUUGGGAGGAAGUGAAUACGAUGCGAACAUCUAUCCCGACUCAACGACAGAGCCCGAGGUGGAAGGUGGAGACACAACGCUGGCCGACGUGGAAGAAGUCCCGACGAGUAGCCCCGAUGGCUCCAUUUCAAUCAGCUCAUCGUCUGGAUCAUCAUCCAGUUCAUCAAGAGGCUCUUCUUCAAGCUCUUUUGCCGGCAGAAGUGACAGCAGCUACAAAGAGGGAACCAACCCCGAUGAAACCUACGACGACUACAACUACCCAUACUCAGAAUACUACGACACAACGCCUGCGCCUGGAGGCGACACCAGACGGGUCACCAUCACUGACAUUAACACCGGAGGCGGAGUCAACCUGGGAGCAGGGGGCAGGGUAGACUUGGAGUCCAGGACUGAAAUAGAAACAGCGCUGUCAACCAACAGUGGAGGAUCUACAUUAACACUCAGCAACAAAACAACAGCAGAAAAUGGAUACGACUAUGGCAAUGGAUAUGAAUAUGGUUACUACCCCACUGACGACUUUGAAGGAGGCACUGGCAGCAGUAGCAGCAGCAGCAGCAGUGGCGGCAGCAGCAUCAGCGGCAGCAGCAGCAGCAGCAGCAGCAGUAGCAGCAGCAGCAGCAGCAGCAGCAGCAGCAGCAGCAGUGGCGGCAGCAGAAGCUCCACAGUUUUGGCAGGGGGGGUCAACUUCAACCGCAGCUCCACCAUCACCAUUUCAGGAGGCUCAUUUGGAGGAGGUUCUGUAUCCGUUAGCGGUGGCUCGGUUUCCGGCGGUGGCGGUUCUGUAUCAGCCGGAGGAUCGGUUGCCGUCGGAGGUGGUUCCUCCUCUGCCGGAUCCAGCGGGUCCGUCACCACCGGGACUGGCCUGGAAGGAGAGGACGACUACUUGUAUUCUGACAAGUUCAAGGAAGACGACAUCAAGCUUGACGAUCUGGAGGAAUACGGGGAUUAUGGCGAUUAUGACCCCGGCAAAGUGCUUCCUGUUGAGAGGGAUGAGUACUUUGGACAGGUGGAUGGACUUCGUGGAGAGAAGGGCCAGAAGGGAGAACCUGCUAUCAUAGAGCCUGGAAUGUUGGUGGAGGGUCCGCCCGGGUCUGAGGGGCCGAAUGGUCUCCCUGGACCCCCAGGUGCUUCUGGCCCUCCAGGCAGCCCUGGAGAUACAGGGGAGAGGGGUCUACCCGGUCGUCCUGGUCUUCCUGGUGCUGAUGGUGUGCAAGGACCCCCUGGAACUGUCCUGAUGCUGCCUUUUAGGUUCAGUUCUGGAGGGGAUUCUGGACAGAAAGGACCCGCUGCGUCGGCGCAGGAGGCCCAGAUGCAAGCCAUCAUGCAGCAGGCCAGGAUGGCGAUGCGCGGCCAAACGGGUCCCAUGGGAUUGACCGGAAGACCCGGACCUCUGGGUCCUCCAGGUGCUCCAGGUCUGAAGGGAGAGUCAGGGGAGGGGGGCCCUCAGGGACCCCGUGGACCCAUGGGAUCUGCUGGACCCCCUGGAAAGCCUGGCAGGAGGGGCCGUUCUGGAGCAGACGGCGCCAGAGGAAUGCCAGGACAGACCGGACCCAAGGGAGACAGAGGCUUUGACGGUCUGGCUGGACUUCCUGGUGAAAAAGGCCACAGAGGAGAAGCUGGCCCUCAGGGACCUCCAGGUUCUCCUGGAGAGGACGGCGAGAGGGGAGAUGACGGAGAGAUCGGACCCAGGGGACUUCCUGGUGAACCGGGACCUCGUGGUUUGCUGGGACCGAAAGGACCCCAAGGACCUCCUGGACCUCCUGGCGUCACUGGAAUGGAUGGCCAACCUGGACCUAAAGGAAACAUAGGUCCUCAAGGAGAGCCAGGUCCUCCUGGACAGCAAGGCAACCCAGGUGCUCAGGGACUUCCAGGACCUCAAGGAGCCAUCGGUCCUCCAGGAGAGAAGGGUCCAACUGGAAAACCAGGCUUACCAGGAAUGCCAGGAGCUGAUGGUCCACCUGGUCACCCUGGGAAAGAGGGUCCAACUGGAGAAAAAGGACACAUGGGCCCUCCAGGACCUCAAGGGCCCAUUGGUUAUCCUGGACCCCGAGGCGUAAAGGGCGCUGAUGGCGUGCGUGGCCUCAAAGGAAACAAAGGUGAAAAGGGAGAAGACGGAUUCCCCGGAUUCAAGGGAGACAUGGGAAUCAAGGGCGACAGGGGAGAACUUGGACCUGCAGGGCCCAGAGGGGAAGACGGUCCCGAAGGGCCAAAGGGUCGCUCUGGACUCCCAGGAGAUCCUGGUCCAAUUGGCCCCGGUGGUGAGAAGGGUAAACUCGGAGUUCCUGGUUUGCCGGGAUAUCCAGGACGACAAGGACCAAAGGGAUCUCAGGGUUUCCAAGGCUUCCCAGGUGCCAAUGGAGAGAAAGGAACUAGGGGAACAGGAGGGAAGCCAGGGCCGCGUGGACAGAGAGGACCGACGGGGCCUCGAGGAGAGAGAGGGCCGAGAGGGCCAACUGGAAAAGCUGGACCAAAAGGUAACUCAGGAACUGACGGCCCACCUGGACCUCCCGGAGAAAGGGGUUUGCCAGGACCUCAGGGACCAACGGGUUUCGCAGGACCAAAGGGGCCUCCUGGACCCCCAGGGAAGGACGGCCUGCCUGGACAUCCCGGACAGCGUGGAGAGACUGGCUUUCAAGGCAAAACCGGCCCUCCUGGUCCUCCAGGUGUGGUUGGACCUCAGGGACCAACUGGUGAAACUGGACCAAUGGGAGAUCGAGGCCACCCCGGACCCCCGGGCCCACCCGGAGAGCAGGGUCUUCCAGGUGCUGCAGGAAAAGAGGGAGCUAAGGGUGACCCAGGUCCUGCUGGACCUGCUGGUAAGGAUGGCCCUCCAGGCCCAAGAGGUUUUCCUGGAGAGAGAGGUCUUCCUGGUCCUGUGGGGGCUCACGGCCUGAAAGGCAACGAGGGUCCUCCUGGCCCACCUGGCCCUGCUGGUUCCCCUGGUGAGCGAGGUCCUGCUGGUCCAGCCGGACCUACAGGCCUCCCUGGACGUUCUGGACCACAGGGACCUCCGGGACCUGCUGGAGAGAAAGGCGGACCGGGAGAGAAAGGACCUCAAGGCCCUGCUGGAAGAGAUGGUAUUCAAGGACCUGUGGGUCUGCCAGGACCUGGAGGACCUCCUGGACCCCCUGGAGAAGAUGGAGAUAAGGGAGAGCUCGGAGAACCGGGGCAGAAAGGAAGUAAAGGGGACAAAGGGGAACAUGGUCCCCCUGGUCCCACCGGCCCUCAAGGACCUGUUGGAGCACCGGGUCCUGCUGGGGCCGACGGUGAGCCGGGUCCCAGAGGUCAGCAGGGUAUGUUCGGCCAGAAAGGAGAUGAAGGAUCAAGAGGCUUUCCUGGACCUCCAGGUCCAGUUGGAUUGCAGGGCUUACCUGGCCCACCUGGUGAGAAAGGUGAAACUGGAGACGUGGGUCAGAUGGGUCCACCUGGCCCUCCUGGUCCCAGGGGUCCGUCUGGACCUCCCGGAGCUGAUGGCCCUCAGGGACCUCCCGGUGGCAUUGGAAACCCUGGCGCUGUUGGAGAAAAGGGAGAUGCUGGAGAAUCAGGAGAGCCAGGACCUCAGGGAGAAGUCGGGCCCCCGGGUCCAAGAGGAGAACGUGGAGAAAAAGGAGAAUCUGGUCCUGCUGGUGCUGCUGGACCUCCUGGCCCCAAAGGCCCCCCUGGAGAUGAUGGCCCUAAAGGCAGCCCAGGUCCAAGCGGCUUUCCCGGAGACCCUGGCCCACCUGGAGAGCCCGGCCCAGCUGGUUUAGAUGGUCCACCUGGUGACAAGGGAGAUGAUGGAGAGUCUGGUCAGCCUGGUUCACCUGGACCCACAGGAGAAUCUGGUCCUUCUGGACCACCAGGAAAAAGAGGGCCUCCUGGACCUGCAGGACCCGAGGGAAGACUAGGAGAGAAGGGAGCAAAGGGAGAGCCCGGCAUAGAAGGUCCUCCAGGAAAAACAGGCCCGGUUGGGCCUCAAGGAUCACCUGGCAAGCCCGGUUCUGAAGGUCUUCGGGGUAUUCCUGGUGCAGUUGGAGAACAAGGACUGCCUGGUUCUCCAGGGCCAGAUGGACCUCCUGGACCAAUGGGUCCUCCUGGUUUACCUGGAUUGAAAGGAGACACUGGUGUGAAAGGAGAAAAGGGCCAUCCGGGUCUUAUCGGUCUUAUUGGACCCCCAGGUGAACAGGGAGAGAAGGGUGACAGAGGUCUUCCCGGCCCCCCAGGGUCAGCUGGUCCUAAAGGAGACAAUGGUAUUUCUGGUCCUACUGGCCCACUUGGUCCCAUUGGUCCACCUGGACCACCUGGCCCUCCAGGUCCCAAAGGAGCAAAGGGUUCAUCUGGUCAAACUGGACCAAAGGGAGAGACCGGUAUCCCUGGACCUCCUGGGGCUCCUGGCCCUCCUGGUGAUGUCAUCCAUCCACUCCCCAUGGCAGCUCCGCCGAUGAAGGGCAGGACGCGCAGAAACAUUGACGCUAGUGAAGUGAUGGACGACGCAGCCAUGGACGCUAACUACAAGGACUACGACGACGGCAUGGAGGAAAUCUUCGGGUCGCUGAACUCUCUGAAGCAGGAGAUCGAGCAGAUGAAGCAUCCACUGGGAACACAGAGCAACCCAGCAAGAACAUGCAAAGACCUGCAGCUCUGCCACCCUGAAUUUACAGACGGCGAGUACUGGAUUGAUCCGAACCAGGGCUGCUCACGGGACUCCUUCAAGGUUUACUGCAACUUCACAGCAGGCGGAGAGAGCUGCAUCUUCCCCGAUAAGAAGUCUGAAGGGAGCAAAAUGGCAAAAUGGCCCAAAGAUUCACCAGGCACUUGGUAUAGUCGCUACAAGAGAGGUUCUAUGCUGUCUUAUGUGGAUGCGGAGGGUAACCCCAUCGGCGUGGUUCAGAUGACCUUCCUGCGUUUGCUGAGCGCGGCAGCUCGGCAGAACAUGACGUACAACUGCUACCAGUCGGUGGCCUGGCAUGAUCAGCAGCAGGACAGCUACGACAAGGCCAUUCGCUUCCUAGGCUCCAACGAUGAGGAGAUGUCUUAUGAUAACAACCCCUACAUCCGCGCCGUGGUCGACGGCUGUGCGUUGAAAAAGGGCUACGAAAAAACAGUACUGGAGAUCAACACACCAAAGGUAGAACAGGUGCCUUUUGUGGACAUCAUGUUCAACGAUUUUGGCGGAUCCACGCAGAAGUUCGGAUUCGAAGUGGGGCCUGUCUGUUUCAUUGGCUAAGACUUUUUUAAACGGAGGAACAACUGAAAAGAGAUACAAAGGACAAAUGUGUUUGUAAAAAAGUAACUUUUUGGGUUUUUUGUUUUUUCCAUAAAGCAACAAGUAUGAGUUAAAAAAAAAGACGAGAAAAGGAUGAAAUUCUGUAGGAGUAGAGGAAAUAACCUUGAAACCUCAGUAUACCUUCUACAUCACAUGCAGGUUUUGAAACUGGAUGCCAAGUCUUUUUCCUCUUUGACACACUUACAUCCUGGCCCUUUUGGCCCCCAUUUUUAUUCCAGCCAGUCCAUUUGUUUUUGCUGCAGACUCUUUAACAAAAUUUAUUUUGUGUGUUCGUCAUCCUUUCCCUCCCCCCAUCGGUCUGCCUGCUCCCCCUCUACAGAAGCUUCAUGUUGUGCACACCCGUCUUUCACAUUCUCUUGUACAUUCUGUAUAUUUUUCCUGUUAUUUGUUUAUUACUUCUGGCUUUAAAACAUGCAUGUGACUAUCAAAUGUGAGGUAGGAGACCUCAGAACACCUAAAUUGAGAGGAUCUUGUAAAUUGAAAGUGAAGAACACGACCUGUCUUUGUGGAACAAGCUUUGUUGUAAUUUAAGAGCAAAAAUGGAAAUAAAGGAUGAAAACACGUCCUCCGACAUCAUGUGACAGUUGGUUUGCAAACAGAUUAAAAUCCUCCUGCGUCCUCUGAACUGAACACCCACUUUGGUGGCCAUAUCAUUACCCUAAUAGGUUUUUGUUUUUUUCCCCCUGAAAUACUCAGUGGGAGUAGUGACAUCCCAUUAAAAAAACAACAACAAACACAACGCAAUGAAACCAAGGUGCUAUUUUUUUUUUCUCUUUUCUGUGGUGCUAUGUGUUUUUCUAGAUGUGUUUUUAAGUGAAAGAACAUUUGUGGCGUUUUGGUUCCCCGUGCACACAAACCUGCAUCACCAACACAUCUGGGCCUGUGCUGCACCCAGUUUGGGUUCGUGUUGAGAUGGCAGCCGGUUCAUAGCUCCUGCUUUAGCGGGCCACACAGAAACGUAAACAUCUGGAAGAACGCAGUUUUCUUGUGGGGACUUAUGCUUUCGGAUCAUUCAGUGCCACAAAGUGGACAUGCAGAUCUUUUUUUUCUUUUUUUUUAUUGUUCAAGAGGCUUCAAACAUUGAAGCAUUUUACCAAAGUUUAUUCUAGUGCUAUUAAAUCAUGUUUGCAUAGGAAACAACUUGAAAAAGAUAAGAAAUCACCAAAAUAGAUUAGAAAUUUGAAACCUGUUUCCUUUUCCCCUUAAUGUAUUAAUGCUCGUGUUCAAACUAUGCACUCUUUAUGCUUAUGACCACUAGUAUUUACCACAGAUAACUUUCAACUGUUCAUAUUAAGGUUUUUUUUUUUGUUUUUAAUUUGCAGAUCUGUGACUUGAACCAUUUCUGUUAAGUCAAGUUUGUUUAUUUUAGUAAAGUUUAUCCAUUUUCCAAAUUGAUCACUUUUCUCAUAUAUAUAUAAAAGUAAUUUUUUGGUUUGGUUUUGUAAAUUUCUUCAGAAAAAGGAAAAAAAAAACCUGCAGUGUUGGUGCCUUUUUUUUGUUUUAUUUUGUAGAUUUGCAUUUUUUUAUGUCUGUUUUGUUUUCCCAGUCUUGUCAAACCUGUGUAAGGAUAAGAGAAUAGAAAAUUAUAUUGGUUUUUAUGUCAAUAAAUUCAAGUUUACUGUGGCCAUCCACUCUUGUAUGUCUUUUGAAGCAUUAAAACCUAUCUGUAUGCAUGAAAUUGUAAAGUUUUUUUCUCUUGUUCCAAGUUUGUAGAGUUCUUCAUUCAUCAGGAAACAGCUUGUUUUUAAAUCGGGAAAAUUUAAAAAAUAAAUGAACCGAAAGAAAAAUCAAAGUUGUGAAGUUGAAAGAUAAAUAUGAAUUUGUAACUUCCAAAAUGUUGCUUUGUAGUAUAUUUAUUGUAUUAUUUAAAAUAAAAUAAAUGAUACCAUAGUGUUAAGUGUAACAGGCCCCCUCUUUACAUCCCAUAGGAAAAAUAUUCUCUCAUUUUGCACGAGGUUUAAAAAAAAAUCAUCUUUUGCCUCACAUUUCUUUUGUGACAUGUUUGUGUGAAGAGCUUUUUUUCUGGAAUACGGAAAUACACUUAGAUGUCGCUCAGGUUAUCGUUUGCCCUGCUACUGGUGCCAACACUGUUGAGUGACUUUCGUUUUGCAGAGACCCCACAAAGAGGGACGAUCUCAAGCACCGUAAUCCAGCAGGUCCAACGCCUCCAUCAAACUCUCUCCUCCUGGAUUUACUUGUGAACUUUUGUCAUUUCCAGCUUUUGUUUCCAAACCCUGGAGUUUGAGUUUUACUGCAAUAAAAAGAGGAAAUGUGAA